UAGCAAAUUUGAUUCUUACGUAGAUUUCUUCAUGUGUUAACACAAUAACAGCAGCCAACAAAGCCUGAGCCUAACAAACAGGAAACAGCAGAAGGUCAUUUGGCUUUUCCUUUAAUUAUUAUUUUUUCCCUUUCUUCUGCUUUCUCUCACACUCAUGGGCUGUGCUUUUCUUUGUCCCCCACAUUUGGCUUUAAUCAUGUUGAGUGCCCAUGUGGGAAAUUGGGAAUCUUUGGGCCUUUCGGUUCAUUAAUAAAGCAGGAAAGAAAAAUAUAGCAUCACCUCUUUUUCUAUCUCUUCUUCUUCUUCUUGAAGACAUUCAGUUUAACUCUACAUCUUCCUCUCUUUUUCGUCUACUUUCGUGUUUAGUUUCUAAACAAUUUAAACAGGCACUAUCAAAGGCUCCAACAACUUUUCAGAUUCUAUCUUUUUUUCAUCUAUUAUCUAUUAAACUUCCAACUCCCACUGCAAGUAUGGCCGGGGUUCUAGUUUCUGCUCUCUUGGAGCAGUUGACUUCAAUUGCUGUUGGGGAGGCGGAACAAGAGAUAAAGUUGGUCGUGGGUGUUGACCAAGAAGUCCGGAAGCUCGAAGACAAUCUCCGAAUGAUCCAGGCGGUGCUCGAAGAUGCUGAGACAAGACAAAUGACCGAGGCAGCUGUGAAGCUUUGGUUAGGAAAGCUCAAAGACACAUUCUACCUGAUGGACGACGUGUUGGAUGAGUGGAACACUGAAUUGAUCAAAGCAAGGAUCCAGGAAGAGGAGAAAGAAGAAGAGAUUGCUGAAAGCUCUCAUGCUCGGAAGAAGACGAAGGUAAGCUUCUCUAUGAUCCCUUCCCCUUCAUCAUGGCUCCGUCCAGUUCAUAAACUUAGUAUGCAUGACAGCUUUGCUCACGAAAUAAAAGACCUGAGUGGAAAGUUAGAUGAGCUUUUUAAAGAGAGAGUCGGUUUCGGGUUUGAGUUGAAUAGGGGUACUAAAGUAGUUGAGCGACCAACAACUACCUCCCUUGUUGAUGUGUCUAAAAUUUGCGGUCGUGGUAAGGAAAGGGAGGAGCUAGUGAGCAUCCUCUUGGGCGAGGAUUGCCAAGAAGAAAAGAGCCCCCAUGUCAUCUCCUUAAUAGGCAUGGGAGGUAUGGGAAAAACGACUCUUGCCCAACUAGCUUACAAUAAUGAUGAUGUGCAGGCCCAUUUUGAAAUGCGAAUAUGGGUAUGUGUUUCUGAUCCUUUUGAUCAGAUUAGGGUUGCCAAGGCAAUUGUUGAAUCUAUUGUAGGUCAAUCCCCUAACAUUACCCAAUUGCAAAAUCUAGUAAAUAGAAUUUGUGAUUUGAUAAGAGGAAAGAAGUUUUUUCUUGUCUUAGAUGAUGUGUGGUCUGAAAAACCCAAUGAUUGGGAGCCAUUCGAACUUGCACUCAGAUGUGGGGCUCAAGGUAGUAGAAUUUUGAUCACCACACGUAAGGAGGGAGUUGCAAAGAUGGUAAAUAGUGCUUAUACCAUGAAUUUGGAGGUACUGUCUAACGAAGACAGCUGGUUGAUAUGCAGUCAAAUGGCAUCUGUUGACAAAGACGAUGAGCAACUAGGAAAACUUGGUCGAGAACUAGCAAAUAAGUGUAAGGGCUUGCCACUAGCUGCAAAGAUUCUAGGGAGUGUCAUGGGCAGCCAAAGAAGUAGGCAAAAAUGGAAGACUAUUUUGGACAGUAAUUUAUGGGAAUUAGAAGAUGUUCAAAAUGGUGUUUUAGGACCAUUCUUAUUUAGUUAUAAUGAAUUGCCGUCAGCAAUAAAACAAUGCUUCUUGUAUUGUGCUAACUUUCCAAAGGAUUAUCUCUUUUCUAGAAAUGAGUUGGUUUACCAAUGGAUGGCACAAGGAUAUUCUGGCUCGAAAUCUAAUAUGGAGGAUAUGGGAGAAAGGUACUUUGAAAAAUUAGUUAUGCACGCCUUCUUCCAAGAUUUUGAGAAAGACAACAAUGAUGAUGAUAAUAAGAUAAUAAGAUGCAAAAUGCAUGAUAUGGUGCAUGACUUUGCCCUAUCAAUGACAAAAAAUGAAUGCUUCACAAUUGAUGUUGACAAAGUGUUGGAGAUAGAUUGGAAAAGUGCUCGCCAUUUGACAUUCAAAUUUAUUAAGGGAACACAAUUUCCAAUAUCCAUCUAUGAUGCAAAAAAUCUACGGACUCUUUUUUUUAGAAAUUCAAGUAUGGUCUUCUCAUCUGAUUUAUUCCAGCAUUUGACAUGCCUCCGGUCAUUGAAUUUGAAACAUACUUCCUUUGAGAAACUUCCAAAUGAAGUGGAAAAAUUAAAACAUUUAAGAUUGCUCAAUUUAUCAGGUUGUUCUGAAAUUACAGAAUUACCUGAAAUGUUGUGUAAUUUAUGUAAUUUACAAACUUUGGAUAUUAGUGAUUGUGAUAAAAUUAAGAAAUUACCCCAAGGAAUGGGUAAAUUAAUUAAAUUAAGACAUCUUCUUAUUGAUUAUUGUAUUGAAUUGACCGUACCCUUUCCAAAAGGGUUUGGAAGAUUGGGUGAUCUCAGAACAUUAAAGAAAUUCAUAAUAGGUGGUAUAGACAAUAUUGGGGAAUGUAAACUUGGAGAGUUGAAGAAUCUAGUCCACCUUAAAGGGUCUCUUGAGAUAGGAGGCCUGGAAAACGUAACAGAUGUACAAGAGGCUGAAAAUGCACAACUAAAAAAUAAGAUACACCUCCGUAAGUUGAGAUUACAUUUUGGUGGGCGAGCUAAGAAUAGAAGAGGGGAGAUUGAUGAAUUAGUUCUUAAUGCGUUGGAGCCACAUCCAGAGUUGGAGAGUUUAUGGAUUUAUGGGUACGGGGGUACAGGGUAUCCUAAUUGGGUGAUGUCUUUGACCAUUUUGAAAAAGCUUAAGCUUGAGUCAUGGGGUAAGUUAGAGCAAUUGCCUCCUCUGGGGAAGCUGCGUUUCCUCGAAUCAUUAGUGAUAGAAGGUGCGAAAAGUAUGAAAAAGGUGGGUGUUGAAUUUUUGGGAAUAGAAUCCAAUAGGAAGAAGGAUGAGGAGAAGGGAUCAACAUCAACAUCAUCACUUAUCUUAUUCCCUAAUUUGAAAUCUCUCUGUUUUGAGAUUAUGAAAGAGUGGGAAGAAUGGGAUGGGAUGGGAGAAAGUGGUGUUUCAGAAUCAGUUUUAAUUAUGCCACGUCUUCAGGUUUUCAUAAUUGUUGGGUGCCCAAAGCUAAAGUCACUGCCCAACUUCCUCGAGAAAACUUCGUUAGAGAAAUUGACUGUCGAUUGUGGAAUUUCCAAUUGGAUGACAUUGGCAACAUUAUCUGGAUUGAAAACACUUAGUCUCGAUCUGAAGAACAACGUAGAGCAUUUGCCCCCUUUGGGGAAGCUGCUGUUGCUCGAAUCAUUACACAUAGGGUUUGGCGAUAGAGUGAAAAAGGUGGGCGUUGAAUUUUUGGGAAUAGAAGAAGAAUUCAACAACAACAAGAAGAUAGACGACGAGAAGGGAUGGACAUCAUCAUCUUCUUCUUCUUCGCUUGUCUUAUUCCCUAAUUUAAAGUCUCUUCAAUUUUGGGAGAUGGAAGAGUGGGAAGAAUGGGAUGGGAUUGGAGGAACAAUGAGAGAAGAAGAAGCACAAGAAAGUGGUUUUACUAUCACUAUUAUGCCACGUCUUCAGUUUUUGUAUAUUUAUCAAUGCCCCAAGCUGAAGUCGCUGCCAGACUUCCUUCCUACAACUCCCUUGAAGAAACUGAAGAUCUGGUAUAGUCCAAUUCUCAGUGAAUGUUGCAAAGCAGAGAUAGGAGAUCAAUGGCCCAAGAUUUCUCACAUACCCAACAUCGACAUUGAUUAGAAAUCUGUGCGAAGACAUGGUCGUCCAAUGGAAGAAACUUGAAUCUCAGUUCGAUUGGGGUCUGCAAGUCGCAUCCAUUCAGAUAAGGUUCAAGAGUUUGAAUCCGGAGGAGUGCAUGUGGUUUUCUUGUCCUUUGGAUUGAAGUGUUUCAUGCAAAUAAAGAGGGAGAGAGUGGAAUGUUAGCACUGGGAUCAGAGGGAAGAAGUAGAUAAAAGUCUGUUGUUUGUUUGUCUGUUUAUGCCAUCCAUAGUUGGUUAAUUUUGGAAUGACAAAGUAAAAGGUGAAGAGUAGAAAAGUGGACCAGUCCAGAAAUUCCCCAAAUUCUGGAAUCAAGGCCGUUGAACUUUUGGUUUAAUAUGGGCACUAGAUUAUAGUUCUCCUACAGGGUGAACUCCAAACUAUGUGUCAUUUGCGAAAGCACAUCUCGCACAAGAGGGAAUGGCUAUGCAAAAGAUUUUGGCACCAUGAUUGGAACAUCUAGAGGGGUCAGUUGCAUCUCCAAAGCUGUCUGCAGAAUUCAGGAGCAGAGCAUGUUGCAUAAUUUGUACUUUCGUGGAGUAGAUGGGACUUGGAAAGAACUUUUGUGAUAUUAAUAUGAGGAAACUAGAAGGCGUGCUCUCAAAGUUGUUAUGGAUGGACUUCCUAAAACCAUUGAUAAAGACAUAUUGGAAGUCCAGGACGCUUUGAAUAAUUUGUGGCCACAGAAAAAGGUCCUUGCUGUUUACAUACCGUAAACGAGACUCAUUUAGCCCAUAUUUGAAGUUGUAUGCAUAGAGAAUGGUGUUAUGCACUACAGUCUUAGCAUUGUCUGAUUUCUUCCUCUUAUCCACCUUAUUUUGAAGAUGAUUACAGAAUGCUAAAGAUAAAUGUACUUUGUAACUACUCCCUCUCCCUCCAUUUCUGGUUAAGGCAAAGUGUGAUUUCUCUUCCCUCUUUCUCUUUUCACCUCUUUUUUGGAGCCAUAGCUCUCUUGUUUGAUCACACAUUUAUUUACUAGGUUGAGUUGGGAACUGUGAUGUGUUUGGAUAAAACAUCCCAUGCAAGAGAGACCGGUGGACAAGAGAAGAUUGGACCAAGUAAAGAAAAAAAAAAUCCAAAUUUGUCAUCAGAAUGAGCAAAAAAUAUAGGUAUUGAAGCCAUAUAACUCUUGCCUUUGAUAUGGGUACCUCAAUUCUAAUUUUCCUACAGGGUCAAGGAAUACUUUGCCCUUAUUCUGGCCAGACAUCAUCCAAAAUGUUGCGUUCCCUUGGGCCUCAGACAUUGGGCCAGUCUAUUUGGUGACACAUAAAAAGCAACCGAGGCUAAAGUGUUCUGUGGCAUGCAUGGGAAGCAACCACCAGGUAGAAGAAGAUAUUACAAACAUCUUGGAACAACAUCCCAACUGGAAGAGUGUGGGCAUGGGAGGUAAUCACAGUAUUCAAGAAAUCUUUAUGUUCUUUUUCUCCCUCCUAUUUUGGUUGAGGCAAAGUAAAAUUGCUUGUGACUCUUCUUGCCUUUCAUACUGUUCUAGUGUUGAUGUAUCACAUAUUCAUUUAUGAGGGUUUUCAGGUGAACUUGAAACAAUGUUCCUCAUGGAAGAAAAUCUUGUGCCAGAGGGAAACGUCCUGCAAAAGUUGCACUUGCUUGGAGUAAAUGGAACUUGAAGAGGGACUCUAUGAUCUACGUGGUAAUGAAAUUUGGGUUGGCGCGAAUAUUGGCUUUCUUGUUGCAGAGGAAACUAAAUGGCGUGCAUUCAAAGAUAUUGUGGCUGGAGCCCCAUAAAACAUUGAUAAUGGAACUCCGGUAAUCAUAUGCUUUGUUUAACCUGUGCAUUAGUCUUUUGGUUCUGACACUCACAUCGAUGAGGCCUAACAUGCUGUAUUGAUGCCCAUGUUUGAAGUUGUAAGCAUUGAGAAGGAUUUGCACGCUGCAGUGCAUAUUUUGAGAAAGGGACUUGAUGGGGCAUUUUGUCAUAUAAAUUUGCAAGCAAUGUUAUCCUGUGUAUUUGUGGCUAGAGAAUUCAAGUCUGAGUGUCCACAAAUUUUACAGUUAGCCACUUAUUUGCAUAUACGUGAAAUUGAAGGCCAUUAAGUACAGGCUAUGGUAUUGUGUAUCUCAUUCAACAUAUAGUCUUGAACAUUUGGUGAAGCUCAUUUUAAAUUGGGAGUAAUUAAUAAGCAACGAUUUACCUCAGAAAGCCAUUUCUUACAUUCGGGUACGAGUACAGUUGAUUGAUAAAGCUCUACACAGUAAAAUGAUAGAGCUCCAAAUGGCAGAAUGGAAAGUCUCUAUGCUUGAUUUGUAGACACAACUCCAUUGAUUGAUGAAGCUCCAAAUGGCAGAAUGGAAAGUCUCUAUGCUUGUUUUAACAAUAUUUUAUAGGCGCAUCAAUGUAGCAUGUCAUGGAGUUAAAGAAACAAUAUUGUGAAGCAGUGGCACACCACACACCAAGAAAUUUAUGACCUGUGAACUCAGUUUUUCAAUUUCGAGCCUAGAAUUUGCAUCUAACAUUUACGUGUAAAUCCAGAUUUUUGAACCUUUUGUGUGCUGUGACUUGCGUAUAGCCAUGAAGCUUUUGAGAGUAUGCGUUUUUUUUUUUCCAUCAUCCUCCUUUGACAUGCAUGUGGUGCUACUCAUGGAAAUUUUUUUGUAAAGUUGCUUUUCAUCUGGAUUGUUGGUGGUGUCCAAUAUGAUUGUGGUUUUACUGCGGUGAACUAUUUGAUGUUCAGCCCCUCGUGCUAUGAUUGGAAAUCAAGUAGGAGAUCAAAUGAAAUUAGCUUUGGUAUUUGGUGGGCGAUCAAUUCCAAGUAAAA